AAAGAGGGGGAGGGAGAGAGAGAUACACAUGCACAGAGAGUGCGAGAGAGUGGGAGAAAGAGAGAGAGAGAGGUGGACAGUGUGAUGCUGUGCGUUAUCUUCAGCCUAAAUGAGCCUUGUCUUUCCCAUUCCAGCGUCUUCUUCACCCUUCCAGCGAGGAUCUGUCAUUUUACCCCACAGCAGCAGGUCAAGCCUUAAACCUCCAUCUGACUCUGAGCUGCAUCUCUCACACAUCUGCUGCUGCUCCAUCACUUCCGAACGCCCAACGCUAGAGCAGGAGAGGAGGCGGAGGCUCUGUGAUUGCUGUGCCAUGUGCGGAGCUACAUGUAUGUGUGAACUGAUGCGGUGACAGCGGAGUGGGAAUGGAGCAGCAGCGGUCAUCACAUUCCUGAAGACGCACAGUGAAGGUGAUAAAAAAAGAGAGAGAAGACCUUCUUCAUAAACACAGACAAGAGGAGAAGAAGAAUCCCCACACAUUUGUUUUUUGACUGCCAGAAAAGACGAAAAUAAGGAUCAGUGGUCAGGUGCCAUCGUUCAUUUCAACCACAACAAUGGGGGAGCAGCCCAUCUACAGCACACGGGCCCAUGUCUUCCAGAUUGACCCCAACACUAAGAAGAACUGGUUGCCCACCAGCAAGCAUGCCGUCACUGUUUCCUACUUCUACGACAGCACACGCAACGUCUACCGUAUCAUCAGCCUGGAUGGCACCAAGGCAAUAAUCAACAGCACCAUCAGUCCCAACAUGACCUUCACAAAGACUUCGCAAAAGUUUGGCCAGUGGGCCGACAGUCGAGCCAACACUGUCUACGGCCUGGGAUUCUCCACUGAACAUCAUCUAGCCAAGUUUGCAGAGAAGUUUGCAGAGUAUAAAGAAGCAGCACGGCUCGCUAAAGAGAAAAGUCAAGAGAAGAUGGAGAUGGCAACGUCUCCCUCUCAGGAGUCUCCAGCAGGGGAGCUAUCGUCACCUUUGACACCAGUGACUCCACCCAUGGAAAACAUCAAUGGAACAGAUGAAAUCUGUGACAGCACUCCCAACUCCGAUGCCCGUCCAGAGCCCUCGCAGAAUGCGCUGGCCUUCUCACACAGGGAGCAGUUAAAGACUUGUCGUGUGUGCUCCUUCUGAUAUCAGAGUUCUGACCACUGCAAAUUCACACUGACACAAAACAGAAAUGCAAUUCUGAACAUUCCUUUUGAAAAAGAAAGGUUUUAUUAAAACAACAGGUAUAUUUCUAAUGUCAGGAAACUUCCUCCAUUGGAUAGGACUGUUAGUUAAAAUGCUGUUAGUUCAUACCCCAGUUUCCCAACACACAAAGAAUUUCGAAUAAAGAUCAAAUAAAGAUCUGAUCAAAUAAAGAAUCAAAUACGAGAUCUCAAAGUUUUAAAAGUUUUACUUGCAGCAAUGAGUGCAGAACAAAGGGUUACAUUCAGAAUUGCACUGAGGAACUCCUCAGUGCUCAGAGCUUAAAUACAGUUUUUUCACAUACACAUCAAUGGUCAGUAGCUUAACCCUUUACAGCCAUGCGGUGUUCACGUACCA